AUGUUGCUUCCAUCGAUCAUCACAUCUAAAGAAAUAACUAAUCAUGCUUAUAUUGCUAAACAUGAUAUUCAAAACUUAUUACGUGAUUGUAUUGUUCAAUUAUGUUUAAAAAAGCCAGCUAAUCCAAUACAAUUUCUGUCUAAUUAUUUCGAUAAACUUGAUAGUCAAACAUCGGCAGCGUCAACAAGCAAAAAGCCCAAUAUGCGUCAACAACAAAGUGCAUCACCAAUCGAAUCAACAACUAAACAACAAUCAACAAAUGGUAGCACAGUCGGUGAAAACGAUGAUUUAGGCGAUUUAAAUGAACCCACAGGAGGAAAUGCAAGUAGUCAUCCCAACCAAUCAACAAGCAAUGUCAGUGUUAAAACACGUGAACGUCGCGGUGCAGUUUCUGCUGAACCUUACAAGGAAGAAGAUGCAACAUCGUAUGUGAAAACCGUCAUCCCAAAAGAUUAUGCAACCAUGCAAGCAUUGAGCAAAGCAAUUCAAUCGAAUUUAUUAUUUUCACACUUGGAUGAUAGUGAAAAAUCGGAUAUAUUCGACGCCAUGCAACCUUUUAAUUAUAAAGCAGAGGAAACGAUCAUUCAGCAAGGUGAAGAAGGAGACUUUUUUUAUAUUAUUGAUCAAGGCGAAGUCGAAGUUUAUGUUAAUAAUAAAUGUGUCACAGCGAUCUCAGAUGGAGGAAGUUUUGGUGAAUUAGCUUUGAUCUACGGAACACCACGUGCAGCAACAAUUAAAGCAAAAACUGAUUGUAAACUAUGGGCGAUCGAUCGAAAAACUUACCGACGUAUUUUAAUGGGUUCAACAAUUAAGAAACGCAAAAUGUACGAAGAAUUCUUAUCCAAAGUUAAAAUCCUUCAAGAACUCGAUCAAUGGGAACGUUUAACUGUCGCUGAUGCUCUUGAACCUGUACAAUUCAAUGAUGGUGAUAAUAUCGUUGUACAAGGUGAAAAAGGCAAUGAUUUCUUUAUCAUCGCCGAAGGAACGGCCGUUGUUUAUCAAAAACCAUCGGAUGAUGAACCAGCUGUUGAAGUAUCGAAAUUAGGUCCAUCUGAUUACUUUGGUGAAAUCGCUCUACUAUUUGAUCGUCCACGUGCUGCCACUGUCAAAGCCAAAGGUCCAUUGAAAUGUGUGAAGAUGGACCGUGGCCGAUUCGAACGUGUCCUUGGACCGAUUUCCGAUAUUCUUAAACGAAAUGUUGCUCAAUACAAUUCGUUUAUCAAUUUGGCUGUCUAA